AUUUCCAGUAAGGGAGCUGGUCAACAGAACAGCAUGAAGGCAUCUCAGCCCGGUGGCUAAACAUUGACCGAGAUGGGUGCAGUGAGGGGCGCGUGCCUGUGCCUCGGCUUCACAACAGUCACCAUUAUCGAAAACGAGAGCAUCAGCAUAGGGAUGGUGAAUUACCGAUAACCAGGCCUCUCCGACCAACCCUAUGGGGUUUCCCUACUUUCGCUAUGCCGACAUUCCCUGUUCGGGUAGAUGGAAUGGGAACGCUUCCUGCCAUGGCUGCGAGAUGCCUCGCAAGGAGCCUGAGGCACACUUGCGGCUAGGCGUCUAAUCACGCGUGUUCACGCAGCGACGUUCAAGAUACAGGCCAUCGUCAGCAGACAUGUGAACCCCUGCACACAUGCCAGGUCCUCAAGGUUGGGGUGAUCAGCUACCGUUCAGUUAGCACUCGGGCGUCGUUCAACCAGUUGAUCCGAUGUCUCGCAAUGAGCGCGGCGUGUACAUUGACCCGAACGGCAAGAAGACCUUUGUGCCGCUCGAGAACAACCCAGAGGUAUUCACCGAAUUGGUCCACAAACUGGGUGUCUCGCCGGAGCUUGGCUUUUACGAUGUGUACUCAAUUGACGAUCAAGACCUGCUCGCGCUCAUACCGCGGCCUGCCCACGCCCUUAUCUUCAUCUCGCCGGCAGACGUCUACCAUCGCGUCCGUGCAAUGGAAAGCGGAACGAAAGAACUCACCUACGAGGGCUGUGGCGACCGAGAACCCGUCAUAUGGUUCAAGCAAACCAUCGGCCACGCAUGCGGACUGAUAGCGCUGCUUCACAGCGUUAGCAACGGCCCAGCCAAGCGUUUCAUCCAAAGCAAGUCAUUGCUUGACGAGCUUCUCACCGAGGCCGUGCCGCUCAAACCACUUCCGCGCGCUGACGUACUCUACCGUUCCGAUGACCUCGAAAAAGCUCACAUGUCGGUCGCUUUCAAAGGUGACUCAGUAGCCCCACUUGCGGCCGAACCGAAUGGAUACCAUUUUAUCAGCUUCGUAAAGGGCAAGGACGGGCAUCAGUACGAGCUUGAGGGAGCGUGGAGCGGUCCGAUCGACCGCGGUGCGCUUGACGAAGAUGAAGACGUUCUCAGCCCCAAGGCUUUGCAGGCCGGUAUCAGAAGGUUCGUUGAAGCUGCUGAGGGUAAUGUGGAGUUCAGUAUUGUUGCGCUGGCUACGAGGCCUAGCUACUGAGGGCAAU